AAGCAGGCCGGCUCCGCCUCGCCGGGCCGCCAUCUUGGUUGGAAGCCGCGGUCGCACCACAGCGGGAGGCGCUGGGCGCUCGGCCCUGCCCGGUUCAUCCCGGCCUGGCUCUAUAUCCGUCCUUGUCUCUUGUCCUCUCUCUAUUUCACUCUCUUGGCCGCUGGUUGCGGCCUACCCGGCGGUGGAGGAGCCUGCUUUAGCAGGGAGAGAUGAGCAACAACAGUAAUAAGAGAGCACCGACGACAGCAACACAGAGACUUAAACAAGACUACCUUCGAAUUAAGAAAGAUCCAGUGCCUUAUAUCUGUGCAGAACCCCUCCCAUCUAAUAUCCUUGAAUGGCACUAUGUUGUCCGGGGACCUGAAACAACUCCUUAUGAAGGUGGCUAUUAUCAUGGGAAACUAAUAUUCCCCAGAGAAUUUCCUUUUAAACCUCCUAGUAUUUAUAUGAUUACACCUAAUGGAAGGUUUAAGUGUAAUACAAGGUUAUGUCUUUCAAUCACUGAUUUCCACCCGGAUACGUGGAAUCCAGCUUGGUCAGUCUCAACCAUCUUGACGGGCCUCCUUAGUUUCAUGGUGGAAAAGGGUCCCACCUUGGGCAGCAUAGAGACUUCAGAGUUUGCAAAACGACAACUCGCUGCACAAAGCUUAGCAUUCAAUUUAAAAGAUAAAGUCUUUUGUGAGCUCUUCCCUGAAGUGGUGGAGGAGAUUAAACAAAAACAGAAAGCACAAGAAGAGCUCAACAGCAGACCUCCAUCCCUCCCUUUACCAGAUGUUGUCCCUGAUGGGGAAGCACACUACGGUCAGAAUGGAAUCCCCCUUCUGAACGGGCACGUUCCAUUGGCUCCUGCCAACCAUCCUGGCCUCCAACAGGCCAACCGUAACCAUGGACUCUUAGGUGGAGCUCUGGCGAACUUGUUUGUUAUAGUUGGUUUUGCAGCCUUUGCCUACACAGUCAAGUAUGUACUGAGAAGCAUAGCACAAGAAUGAGGAGAAUAAAAGAAAUCCAAGACCAAAUUAGAUGUAGUUGCUGAGUGAGUGGGACUUUUUGGGCAUCUGACUUUUUGACACUGGGAUAAACAUUUGUGUUACCAAGUUACAGGUAAAAUCUUGGUUGGCUCAUGUCUUGCGUUUGGGAAGUGGAGUACGUUCAGUUAGUCAGAAAACUAAAUGAAGUUCUGCUCACAGAUCCCGUUGUCAAGUCAAAGCAUUAUUGAUGAAACACCGACAUUUCUAGUGCUUUGAUUUUUAUAGCACUUCUCCAUCUGUUCCUUUUGAGAUUUGAAAAUGGGAAGCAAAUAAAGCUUUUUACUUCAUUGAACGAUUUUUAAGAGUUCACACGUGGCGCAUAUCAUUUUAGUUUCAUUAGGGAAAGAUUCUGUACACAAUUGGGAAUGACUCAAGUGGAGAAGAUGCAGGCUUCAUAAGGAUUUGGUUCAUGUGGACAUUGAUGCUACAGAAGAUAGGUGUUUUCAUUUUUAUAAUAGGAUGAACAUCGUUGCAUAUCUAGUAGGUAGUGAUUAGAUGAGUGGGGAGAAUAACACCGUGUGUGUUUAAUGUGCUGUCUAAAUUGUCACCGUGUAAUUGGAGGUUUUCUUUGGGCUACAGGGGGUUGUCAGCCUGUAGGAAUGGUUAGCCAGAGAGUGUUUGAAUUGCUCUUUAAUGGGAAUACAGGUAGCCGGUGUUAUUUUGGAUUCGUUCAUUUAGGGAUUUCCAUUUGGGGAGAUGUUAUAUCUGAGAACUGUAAUACUUUGUUGUGAUCACCAGGUGCCACUGUUGGAAAUAAUAAAAGUUCACAGACCAA